UAUCAAAAAUUUUAACCAAUUAAACAUAAAACAUUAAAUUAAAAUUUCUCCAUUUCAAACACAUCCUGUGUGUAAUUUUUCUCUUCCGUAAGAUCUCUUAGAACUCAUAAAAUUUUAUACAUAUUUUAUUCUGUAUAUUUAUAAGUUUCUAACGAUUUCCCAGUUCGUUGCAUGUGGCUCCAUCACUAGAUAUAUGAUCUUAUGUAUUUAUAAUUGUAUAUAAUAAACUUUAAUACUUGAAAUAUCAAAGAAUAUUUGUAGUAAAAAAAAUGCAGAAAUAAUUUCUUUAUUCUUACUGACAUAAGCAGUUACGCGUAAGUCUCAUUAUUUGUAGUAAUUAGGAGGGAAAAUUCCACUCUCUUUUUCUCUGCUUCAACCAACUUUCUUCUCCAUCUUCAUCUUCACAAAACACAAAAUCAGAAAAACAAAAACACAACUGUAAUUACGAAUGGCUAAUUCUGGUUGCGACGCUGUAUUCUUCGUACUCCUCUCCAUACUCCUCGCAUACACAGCAAUAACCUCCACAAUGCACUCCAAAUCAACCAACAACAAUCACUCAGAUUCAUCUCACCAUUUCAACAAACACGAACUCACCACCAACGCUUCUAAAGCUCUUCGAAAUCACGGGUUCAAUAUCUUAGCUACUCUUCUCCAAAUCUCUCCGGAGAUUUUCCUUUCCAUUCCUCAUUCAACCAUUUUUGCGAUCCAAGAUUCUGCUAUUUCUAACCUCUCUGUUCCUUCUUGGGCAAUGAAGCAGCUCUUGGAGUAUCAUACUUCCCCUACGAAAAUCGCGUUUCAAGAACUGAUGAAAAUGUCCUAUGGUACUUGUGUAACGACCCUUUUGUCUCGAAAAAAGAUUGCCAUUACGAAAGUUGAUGAAAAACAGAGGGUUGUUGAGAUUAAUAAUGUGAUUGUUUCUCAUCCUGAUGUGUUUCUUGAAGGAAAUCUUUCGAUUCAGGGAGUUAACGGGGUCUUUUCUGCGUUGGAUUUUCGUAGAAUGGAUGAACAUCGGGAUGUUAUUCAAUCACCAAUUUGUGAAGAAAUUUCGAAUGGAAGUGCUAAUGAUACUACGAAGAAGUUGGUUGAUUGGCCAAGAAUCAUUAAAUUGCUGAGCUCGAAUGGAUUCGUUUCGUUUGCAAUUGAGUUGCAUUCUGUUCUUGAUGGGGUGAUUCAAGAUUCUGCUAAUUUGAGUUCUGUAACAAUCUUUGCUCCUCCGAAUUUGGGAUUUUUAUCUUCUCCUUCACCGUUGCUUGAAAGAACUGUAAGGCUUCACAUAAUGCCGAAGAGGUAUACUUUUAUGGAAUUGGCUUUCUUGCCUGAUGUAUCAUCACUAGAGACACUGGCCCCUGGUCUGAAUGUUACUAUUUCUAAGAGUAGUUUUUCGCGUGUUUUGGUCAUAGAUAGAGUGGAGAUAACAGCACCGGAUAUUUUUAUGUCCGAGACGUUCAUCAUUCAUGGAAUAUCUCGGCCUUUUGAGUUGGAGGAACUAUCCAUUUAAUUCAGAUAAUAAGCUUUCUUAGUUUUUGC